AUGGGGCAAACCUCAGCAGAUGGUAAUCUCGAUGAGCCAACCUUAAAGCACCUCAUCGAGAUGAUUAACGAGAAUAAUUGUUUAGCUAAGAUUUUUCGACGGGCACGUGACCACUACGAAAGCGUCGGGUUAGAGUUUGUUAUUAGGUUGCUCCCAGAUAAAGGAAAGGGGAAAGAAUAUGACCUUCCGAGUACAACAAAACGUGAUGAUAACCCUCUAUACAUGAGCCUACAAUAUCCUCUCCUUUUUCCAUAUGGUGAGUAUGGGUUUCACCCAGAGAUCCCACUACAUCUUGAGACAUGCACUUCAAGAACAAGGCAAUUCCUAACCAUACGGCAAAACUACGUUUCUCAAAUCCAGACACGUCUUAACCAAGGGAUAACAUUGAUUAAAGGAGGUCGUUUCCUCCAUCAAUUUGUUGUGGACGUUUAUACGGCAAUUGAAGAAGAUCGACUAAGGUGGGCGAGGAAUAAUCAAGAUAUUCUGAGGGCCGAGCUCUACAAUAAUGUCAUUGAUUCUGUAAACAAAGGUGACACUGAUGCUAAAAUUAUUGGUCAGAGGUUUAUACUGCCGUCAAGUUUCACCUGUGGGUCCUGGUACUUAGUUGAGAAAUACCAUGAUGCGAUGGCUAUUUGCAGAGAAUUUGGCAAUCCAGAUUUGUUUAUCACAAUGACUGCCAAUCCUAACUGGAGCGAGAAUAAAGAGCAUCUUGAGAAAUAUGGUGGAGAUUCUCCUAAUGAUAGACCAGACAUUGAAUGUCGGCUUCUAAAGAAGUACGAAGCUCAUAUUAAUGUUGAAUGGUAUAAUCGUACAAGCGCGGUGAAGUACUUAUUUAAGUACAUAACCAAGGGUGUUGACCGAGCAACAGUUGUUAUUGAGAAAGGAAAUACAGCAACUACAUCUGACACCAUGGCCUCUGGCGAAUCAAAGGAGAGAGUCAUCAGGCAACGCAAUGAGAUCCAAGACUACGUCGAUGCUCGAUAUUUAUCAGCUUGUGAGUCUAUGUGGCGGACUUUCGUAUUCCACAUACACAAAAGAAAGCCAUCAGUUGAGAAGCUUAUCAUUCACUUAGAAGGCGAACAUAAUAUCACGGUUAAAAAAACUGAUAACCUCGGCCGUGUAAUCUGCAAACCAGGUAUCGAGAAGACCAUGUUCACUGAAUGGAUGGUUUUAUGCAAAAGGUCAGAGUUUGUACGGACAUUAACGUAUGUGCAAAUACCAGAAUAUUUUGUAUGGAACAACAGUGCUAAGGUGUGGACUGAACGUAAGAAAGGCAAAAAAAUUGGGAGAAUCGUAGCUGUUCAUCCAUCAGCAGGUGAUCGUUACUAUCUAAGGAUCCUCAUUAAUAAGAUUAAGGGUCCUAGAAGUUAUGACGAGCUCAAAACAUACAACAGUGUGAAAUAUCAUGACUUCAAAUCAGUUUGCUACGCACGCGGCUAUUUGGACAACGAUGUUGAAUGGCACGAGAGUAUGUCAGAGGGUGCUAGAUGGGCUACCCCAUACCAACUCCGCGAUAUGCUUGUCACGUUCCUAAACAACUGCUUCGUUACGAGUCCUAAAAACCUACGGGAAAACUCAUGGAGAUCAAUGAGCGAGGACAUACUUCACAAGAGGCAAAGAAUUUUAUGUCAUACAAAUCUGGAGCUGGAUGAUGAUACCCUUGAGCAAUACACGUUAAUCGAAGUGGAAAAGUUGAUGUGCAUGCAUGACCGCUCAUUGGAACUGGAUUACGAUAUUGCUGAGGAAACACUAAGACAAGACAUGCAAUUCAAAAAACUUAAUGCUGAUCAACGUGCGAUUUACGAAUCAGUCUUAGACUCAGUUGAUAAAAUGGAUGGGAAGCUUUUCUUUGUAUAUGGCGCAGGUGGCACAAGGAAAACAUUCCUAUACCAAACCAUUAUAUCAAGGAUUCGAUCAAGAAAACAGAUAGUUCUGUUGGUUACCUUUUCAGGAAUAGCCGCACUGUUGCUACCUAACGGUAGAACAACGCAUUCACGCUUCAAUAUCCCUUUAAAGAUCACCGAAGAUAAGCUCUGCAACAUCAAACUAAGAACAACGCUGGCUGAGCUAAUCGAGAAAACGGAUCUUAUAAUAUGGGGCGAAGCACCUAUGACACAUAAGCAUGCUUUUGAGGCCCUCGGCAAAACGUUGAGACAUAAUGUCUAG